AUGCGCUCCGAAUUAUUUGAUAUUAGGACAAGUGACAUCAAUGGCACCGCUGAUCCAUUGGAAGUUGCCCAUCCCAGGCUUCCUGCAGCACUUCGGAAUCACCGAGUCGGCCGUGCAGAGGCAGCUCGUGAACCUCCUCCAGGUCAGUGCCGGCCCGGUCCGGGGAUGGUCCGGGGCGGGGACCAGGACCGGGAUGAGCUCGUUUGGUUUUUGCCCCCAUCGCUGACGGAUCUCCUGAACCGACUGGGGAUCACCGUGAGCCAAACGGAACAGCUGAUCCGCUGGGACACGACCUCGGUCGUGUCUUCCCUCAUCACCUACGCCGUGCCGAUCGUCCUCGUAGCGGUCGUCAUGGGAUAUGCCUGGAUCGUGUUCGGACUGGUCCAGUUCGAAGUGGCUGCUGUAGGAAACUCACCGAAACGGCAAGACGAAUUUCCCUCUGACUUCUACCCAUUGGACGCCUACCCUUCGGGCGCUUACCCUUCGAAUGUCUACUCUUUGGAUGCGAACAUCUCGGACACCAACCUUUCGGACGCCAACCCUUGGGGCGUCAACCCUUCGAGCGCUUACCCUUCGGGAGCUUACAAUUCGGACGCUUACCCAUCGGACCCUUACCAUUCGGACGGCUCGCCAUCUGACGUCUACCCCUCCUACGUCUACCAACAUCCCAUACGUCAGGACCAAAACAACAAUAACAACCUAUUCAACAACAACCUAUUCUCCAGUGAACCUCAAACAAGCAUCAACGAAUCCCAUAGCCAACCCAUCAAUGACGGGAACUCGAAAGAGGAUUCGCAUCAAGAAAAGAAGAAAAAGGGAGUCAAGAAAAUCAAGAUGAAAGGCCCAAAAGCGCGCAAGAUGUCGUUUAAAGACUUCUUGGAGGGCAUGCCUGUCUUGGGUCAUGCGAUCGCCGUGGGGCAUCACGUCGUCGGGGACGCGGAGGGCGGUGAGCGCGCCAUGCAAGCGGCGAAUCGCACGACCGGGCUGGUCGUGGGGACGACGGUGGGCGUGGCGGCGGGUGCUGUGGGUGCCGUGGCGGGCGCGGCGGGAGGCAUCGUGGCGGGAGGGCUGAGCGGGAUGGCGUCCGGCGGGAUGAAGGGAAUGGCGGCUGGCGGGAGAGGAGGAAUGGAGGGAGCAAAGUCCGGCCUGCAAUUGGCCGAGGAUCUCGGCAAGGGAAUUCGACCGGAAAACUGA